AUGAACAGGAAGUCUCUUGCGACUUUUGGAACCCAGUUUGAGAGUCUCGAAGAUGAACAAAAAGAUACAGUUUCGAAAACUCCAAAAUCAAUUUACGAUCAAGUAGCUACGGAUGAAAGAGGAAGGCGACGGUUUCAUGGAGCUUUCACUGGUGGAUUUUCUGCUGGUUUCUUCAAUUCUGUAGGGUCAAAGAAAGGAUGGUAUCCACAAGCUUUUAAAUCUACAAGAAGCGAACGACAUGAUAGCUUUCAGCAAACACCGGAAGAUUUCAUGGAUGCAGAAGAUCUUGGCGAAUUUGGAAUAUCUUCAAGAAAAAUUCGUCAAACACAAACGUUUCGAGGUGAAGAUUCAAAUAAACGGAGGUUUGCAUGGGAUCAUGGAAAUGUGACUUCGAGUUCUUUGGCAGUACACCUUGAAGAUAUUGUACGCCCUGUUAGUGAUUCGGUUGGAGUACAAAUGUUGCGUGAAAUGGGUUGGCGACAAGGACGGGGUGUUGGAUUAGAAAUGAAUUUUGAAAAAGCGCGCAGAGGACAUGAUGAAACAGAUCGUGCCCAAACACUCCGCAUUGCCAAAGGAGCGGAGCUUUCUGUUGAAGACUCGCUUGUAGAAGUGCUGAAGUCAAUAGAAGGUUUACAUGGACUUGGCUAUACAGGAUUGCAAUCAACUUCUAUACUAAAUGAAAAUUUUGGCCAAACCUCGGCUGCUCUUAAAAGUGGCAGGAAAAGUCGUGGAAUUAGCGGUCAGGCAUUCGGUGUUGGGGUAUUUGAAGAUGAUGACGAAAAUGUUUAUACAAACUUCGACCUCUCACAAUACGACUUUGCACUUGACGGACCAAGUCAAGCACCUGAUGCGGCAAAAAUUGACUCAACAUUUACCACUUCUACGGGACGGGUUCCGCCAAGAAAAUUCUAUGCUGCACCAAGGAUUCCACAUACAUUCAAACCGACGCACAAACCCAUAGCACUUGAUCAAUCACGUCUUCCCAAACAAGUGCAAAAAACUAUGGAAAGGCUACACCCGGUGCAACGAGCAAAGUUAUUGGGUUUGGAUCGAAUCAACUACAUGGAAGCCGUUGCGGAUAAGGAUCGAGCUCGUCUCAAAAAUAGAGGAGACCGCCGAAGUCGUUGGGAUUUGAAACCAAAAGAAGAGGAAGGGCCGGAGGCUUUUGUGAAUAGGGAAGCUUUUCCAGAUGAACCCAUGAAACAAAGAAGAUUCAAAGAGUUUCUCUAUUAUCUGAAAAGAGGUCUACCAUAUCCGCAGCCCACCGAUAUGUCAGUUUGGGAGUGGGAUAAUGAGAAAAAGGAAUUCGAGCAACAGCUUACAACCGAAGAACGAGGAAUGCUACCCGAAGUUCGAGCAAGAAUGCAACCUUUGGCCAAUACCGCGUUAGCUAUGCCGCUACAAGAGCUAUUACAAAGUAAAUUUGUGUCCGAAAAGGGAAAUUCAGAAAAGCACGCGUCAAAAGACGAAGACAAAAUGGCAGCAGUUCGAAUGGGCAUGUUUGGCUCUCGUACACGCAUAACGUAUGAGUGGCGUCCGCAUAAAACCCUGGCAAAGAUUUUUAACGUACCCAACCCAUUUCCUGGUUCCCAUUAUGUUGGAUGUGCUCAUUUACAACGCGAAGGACGCUCCAAAGAAACUAUUGUUAAUCUUGGAUUGCCCAAUACCCAAGCUGAGUUGGCAUUCAAAGAACAACAACGCGGAAGAUACGAUGAUAGCAAAGAAGAUUUGAAAAUUAAGACUGAAAGCGAAGAACCAACUUCUGAUGAAUUACAACAAGAAGAGCAGCAAGAUGAAGGAUGGGAGCGUCCUCCGAUGGAUAUUUUUGAAGCUAUUUUUGCGGACCUCGAAGAUGAAGAUGAAGAGGAAGAGUUGGAAGUGAGCAAGACAAAAGACGAACCACCGCCUUCAGAAAAGAAGAUUCAAGAAACUUCUUCUACGCGCCCUCUCCCUGAAGUACCAGCUGGAUCUUCUCGUCAACAGGAAUUUUCUCCCACUACACCACCAGGAAGCCCACCUGCAUCAACAUCAGUUGAGGAAAAAGACGAUGAAGUAACGAUUGGCCCAGAACCCCCUCCUCAGACAGAUAGACCUGAUGCCAUUUCUGUUGCUACCGUUUACAAAUAUCUGCGCGAUGGUUUACGGGACAAGAAGAAAGCGAAGAAGGAAAAGAAAGAAAAGAGCAGGCAUAAGAAAAAGAAGUCGAAGAAGGACAAGCAUAAACACAGCAAAUAUGAAAAAACGAAAAAGAAGUCAACCGAGGAAAGCGACUCGUCCGGUGUAGAGAUACUUUCUGAU